CCUUACGCAAAAACUAAUCCGCCAUGGCUCCAAUAACUAAUUCUUCAAACGAAGCAAAUCACCAAGCUCUACUCGAUAAACUCGACAUAUAUAGCGUCCCAAAACCAUUUCGCAAUCCAUCAUGGAAACCACCCCAACGCCGCAACAAGAAUCUUCGUCAGAUAAUAUCUGAAGCGCAACGCAAAGAAGCCUCUAUGAUGGGCUCGCAAGCCGUGUCAGGUUCCUCGACGCCAAUUCCAGCAUCGGACUUUGCAUCGACAGGUGCUAUGACUCCAGUCUCAAACGGUAGCGUCGCCCAUCACGGCAACACGAACAUCGCCCAGGCGGCGCAACGCCUUGAUCGCCUGGUGUUGGAACGGAAUCAACAAGCCGCAUUGGGGAUAACCAAGCCAAGUGGCGACACUGGUAGUGCAUUUGGGGGCGGAGCGCAGAGCAUGAGCGUCACAUAUACAAACAUUGAAAGCGCACCGAGCUUGCACCCCAGUAGCCAAAAGAAAUACUGUGACAUAACAGGACUGCCGACGAGCUACACGGACCCAAAGAGCAAGUUGAGAUAUUACAACGCAGAAAUAUACAACUACAUCCGGGCGAUGCCUCAAGGACAGAAGGAGGGUUAUUUGGCAAUACGUGGGGCUCAUACGGUACUUAAGUGAAGAUCGGUUAGGAUGGAUCUGGACAAAUAUAUGCACUAAACAUGGCUCCCAAUGCCAGAAGAACCUGUAAGGACCUCGAGAUUUUGCCAAACGCUCACAUUGGCAAUGUAUCGAGCAGCCUUCUGUUAAGCGCAGCAGAUGAUAGAUAUUACCUUUGAAGAAUCGCGCUUGGCGAGGACUAAGACUGAGGAUCAGGCAGUAAAGUAAUUCUGGUGGCACUCGGUCGUGUCUGUUGCCCUUUCUUGCAAAUCGGUAUUUGAAGGGGACCUCAAUGUUCUCAAGAACGAAAACGAAAACAGCUUUGUACAAGCACCCAAUGUUCAUGUAUCGUUCCAACUUACGAACGAAAAAGAUAAGAUUGGCAUAACCACGUUACACAUUGUUUCCUUAACCCAAUCGAUGUCUAUCUUGCGCUGUAUCAAGUAGAAAUGCAAAUGGCAUCUGAUUGACUGCAACAAUAGGAUCCAUCCUCUUUAUAUAUGGUAUGGUUUUAAUAGUGUAAUGUGUGGCUACUGAGCUCAACGGCGGC